CGGAGACUGUGCCAUUGGGGGGACGACGCAAUCCUCCUAAUCCGCAGAUAUAGCUAAGACGACGCGCGUCAGCUUGGAAUUUCAUUCCUUUAUAAAACACAGGAGUUUACUUCAGGUGGCUUUUCCGUCUUCAUGGACGAAGAAGAUACGUCCGUGGACUUCCUCGAGUCUCCCUCCGAUGACAUUGCCGCGGCUCUCGUCUCUGAUCGCUCUGCAUAUGAGAAGGAAAAGGCCACUCUGCAGACCUAUCUUGAUUCCCUCCCUUACGAGUGCGAGUCCAUCGAUGUCAUGCAAGCCAAGCUUGAGCACAUAGUUGGCAAGUUGAUAAUCUGCGCCGAAUCCAAGAAUUGGUUGGUCCUCACUACUUGGGAUGCGAUCCUGCAGUGCUGGCUGCAGAUGCGCUAUCCCAUGAUGACCUCCAUCCGCGCCAAACUAGUCCGCUUUUAUUACGAACUAUGCCUUCUGCCUGGCAUAGAAGUGCGCAUCAUUCGUAGCUGGGCAGAUAUGUUGUACCGCCUCUUGGGAUCCAAGACAGUUAAGCGCAAGCUUGAGGCCACGGACCUCCAACUCCCCUGGAAACCUUUAUGGGAUGUUUUGUACAAGGAAUUAUUCCCCAAGAACCGCCUUGCGGAAUUUCAGGGCAAUCGUAACCUGAACAAUAUCUUGUUGUAUGUUGCGGAGAGCUGUAAGCGCUAUUUCCCUGCCAGUGAUAUCUCCGGUAUGCUCGAGACGUUCUUACCCAUCCUCACGCCCGAUACUACAUUGACAAUGAUACCUGUGCUUACUUCGUUCCUUCCGCCAACCCACACACAUAUCUACCUUCCUGUUAUAUUCAGGAUUUGGGAAGCUUUCAAUUCACACUCUAUGGACGAUAGGUUUCUUGAAAUGGCUGGAAUCCUCGCGGAGGAACAUGUCACUGGUAAGGAAGGACUUGCGGGAGAGGAAGGGGGUGCCGCACGGAAAGAUAUCGGCAUCUGGACCCAGGAAGAGUGGUUGAUGCUUGUUAGUAAAGGGAUCGAGUCGCUGUAUGUCCCUGUGGGCAAUUCGAAUCAGAAUCUACCGCCCACAUCUGUUCAGGCUGAUGCCAGCGCGGCACGCCAAGGCUCCAAAGUCAAGAAAACCAUCAGUAGAAUUAGUUCCUUAGCUAAACUGUUUGUGUACUCAAUGGCCCUCGAUGGUCCAAUACGCGGAGAUUCCGCAUCAACUCCUGGAUCCCCUAAUAGCCCACAGAUGGGAUACUUGGCCGGUUCGAAGGCGCUUGACUCGUUAGACAAACUGAUUACAAGCACAGAGUCCUUCUUUCAUCCAUCAAACUCUGGUCACUGGACGUUUACGCUCACGAAUCUCCUGCAACGUCUCACCGUCGAGUUUGCCGACAGAUGGCUUGAAGAGCAGCAGCCUUCAUGCAAAACUCCCUUAGCACAUCGUCUCACCCCUUCUCUUCGCCGAGCGUUCGUCAAUGUUUUGCGCACGCCCGCCCUUCUUGCCAUGUUUUCCAAGGAUUCAUUUUCGAUUAGCAUGGCACAAGGUGCACUGCGCAUUAUGGCAUUGCUUGAGCCGACCCUCAUUAUGCCUGAGCUCCUCGAGCGUGCCUACGGUGGUCUGGAAGUGGUAAAUGAGACUCAUCGCACUACCGCAGUGUUGAAGAUGCUUUCCGGCAUUUCACUUCCGCUUGUCUCGGAGAUCAUAUGGAGGCCUGGACAAAAGCACCUACUUCCUCUUCUAGAACUUUGCCUUCCUGGCAUUGAUCUGAAUGACCCUAAUAAGACUGUAUGUGCUACCUUAUUCAUCGUCAGCGCCAUACAGCAUGUCAAGGUUGGAGAUCUCUCCAUGCAUCAUUCUGGUUUCGCUUUGUCUGGGGAUGCGCCAGGCGAAGACCUCAUGGAGGUUGAUACCGGGGACGCCCAUAUCCCUGAAGGUGUCGAAAUGAGCCCAUUCGUUUCACUGGGCAGGCAAGAGGAGAGAACUCUUGUCCGGGAGAGCACGGCAGGUUUUGCAGACUGGGUAACAUCUCUCUUCCGCCGAGUUCUAGCUCUAUACGAGAAUCUUCCUGAGGAAGGUGGGAAGAAGAAGACUACCGGCGGAAAAUCGGAAGAGACGGUUCUGAAAUCGAUUAAGAGCAUGCUCGACGUGGUCACCUUGCACCUCUCAGACCAGCUAUUUGAUCUCGUCUUGAAUCUCGUCUUCGAUUACGCUGCGACAAAUGCGAAGUCCAACGCCAUCCGAGCGUUCGGGCAGCUCAUAGCAUGCCUAGCACGCGCACAACCUCAGAAGACAUUGGAUAGGUUUCUGCCGUCGUGUAUCUCACGCAUACAAGAUGAACUCAAGUAUGGAGCUUCGAGCGUUAGAACGACAUCGACACAUGAUCUUGUUCCAUCUGACACAACAUUGCACUGGAACAUGUCUAUAUUGCGUGGAUGUCUUGCGUAUGGAGCACAUGGUCUCCUUAAGCAUAAAGAAGAUAUCAUCGACCUUUUAUCCUUAUUGUUGAAUAAGACAAAGAGUGAGCGUGGCUACACAGGCACUGCCGCGAUUGUCGCGAGGGUGAUGCAUGCACUGUCUGGUGUCUACCCCUCCGACAACCGCUUCGUGAACGAUGACCUAUGGAGUCAGCCUGAGUUCAGCGAGUCACACAACACCAAAUGGGGUCGACUGUAUGAAGCAAAGGAUGUGAAGGUGGAAUGGCACGUUCCAAGCUCCGAGGAAGUGCAAUUCAUUCUGGACAUUUUGGAUCGUGUAGCAGCUCCUGCACUCGAUAAGAUAGAAGCCUUAGCACGAUCUACUGAGCAUUGGGACGAAGUCGUCAGGAAUGACUUCUGCCGGUACCUCCUGUUCGUGAGGUCUGUCUGGAGCGGCCUACCGUCAUUCCUGAAAGAAGGACCCAAAGAUGUAGUGCACCCAUGCUUCGAUCCAGAAGUAGAACUCGAAGGACUUCUUGUUGAUCACCUUGACGUCAAAGCUGGAUUUGUUCUCACUGAUCCUAAUGAUCCUCGCUAUCAACAAGCCUUCAAGCACCGCAUCCGUUUCGGCAAUGUUGCGCACUUGGCUGCGGUCGCCUUGCGCCAAAUCCACGGAGGUGAAGAUCAUUUAGAUGCUGUUGUCGCCGUCGUGAAGGCCAUCGACACUUACUUCCUUGAUUACGGGAUGAGUCGACAAGAUUUUAUCACCUUGCAAAAGAACUUUGCUCAAUCGAGAGAGGUAAACCGAAUGUCGCCAAGGCAAAAAGAGAACUCGCGGAUUGCGUGGGUAAAAAGAGCACAAGUAUACCAUUGCGGCCGACUCUAUAUCCACGCUUUGUAUCGUCGAAGAUCGUCCCUGGACGACACAUUGCUGAAGGAAGACCUCGCGGAGCUCUGUUUGUCACCAUACACGCGAGUGCGACGCCUCGCUCAGAGUGUGCUGCACAGCACAUGCGGUUCCUACGUGCGAGCGACAAGAUACAUAAUGCCAUCCAUUUUCAAUGCUCUGUCAAAAGGCAAUGAUCCAGAUAGAAUUAAGGGCGCCUUGUAUGUCCUUGGUCACAAAGGCACUGCCGCGUUGACCAUGUCUGAGCCAACAUUGCGACGGCAAUACCUUGUUGCUCUGCUAGAAAGCCAACACGAGGAAAAACCCUCGAUACAGAAGCUCGUUACCACUUUCUCUACAGAUUGUUUAAUACAUCUCAGUGAAGAAGUAAUAAGGACUUCUGCAUACACAGCCAGUACUCCUGGGGUUCAAGCCUCUAUUCGCACUCUUGAAGCGGAGUUCUCGGCUGCUGUAGUAGAAAAAAGCCUGAUGGCAGCGGCGGUCGAGUCUGUUGCUAAACGCGCAAGGAGAUGCUUGGAAGAGACCGAUAAGACUGUUCACUCUAUUCUUGAGAUUGCCUCUCGGCCUACAACCCAUUGGAGAUACGUGCACAUGGCCAUAAAGUUCUUGAUGGGCUUUCUCAGACGCGAUGCAGUGGCUCCUCCGGAGUUGGUUCGUUUCUUCAUGGAACAAACACUUAGCCCGCAAACAGGAAUAAGGACUAGUGCUGAGCAGGCAAUCGUGAAGACUGCCGUUCUCAUGAAGAUACGAGCGUACGCCAAAACUGAUGACGAGCUCUGGCUCUGCACGUGGCAGAGUCCCUUUGCGAGGACUAUUUCCAUCAACAACCCGCCUGCUUUCCUUGCCCAACUAGACCAGCCCGUUAAUGAAGUAAACGGGUUUUACGUUGACCUGCUAGACACUGGCUUUUUGGCUUGGACGAAGACCAUCAAAUGCUAUCCUGUCAAUCUGACUAAUUCAGUGCCAUGGGACUCAGCGUCAAGGGAGUGCUUGCAGGCCAUGCACGAUUUCAUUGGAAACGGGUAUUAUGCUCAGCUCGCGACAUUGUGGAGCCAAGAGUCUACCAAGGCGUCUAGUUCACCACAUCUCCAUGCAGAGAAUGUGAUUUUUAUGAUUACACUAGCGAAGUUGUUCAAUGGCGAACACUUGCAUCUAAUUCUUCAAGCUGUCGAACCAUUGAUGACCGAUGCGGAUAAGUUUAAACAGGCGGCUGCAGCUGAAAUGCUGACCGGGUUGUUGCGCGGGUCGAAACAUUGGCCCAGGCAAACACGAGAGGAACUAUGGUCUUGGAUCACGCCGCGCUUUGACGUGAUUCUCACUCAGGCGAAACCAGAUACGGUUGCAUACUGGACCUCGUUCCUAGAGCAUACCCUGCUGAACGUCGACCCACGUCGCUUCCAGCCUUUGGUCGAUUGGAUAUUAUCCCUACAUCUUGACUUCCAGGGCGACUCUGCGUUUUCCAUGACGAAGGCUCUCAAUAUUGUCGUUGUAUUCAUUGAUUCUGUCGGUGUCCGGUUCAAUAGCGUAUCGGAGAGAUAUGCAUCGAUUUUCUUCAACAACGCGGACUCCAACUAUGCAGAGAUAAGGUCUUCGAUAGCCAAUGCCCUGUGCCUGAUAGCCAAAUAUCGAUGGAGACCGGCAUACCCUUCUGUGGAUGCCCUCCUCGCGGCGUGCACAGAGAGUUCCGAUCCACUUCAAAUCAGACAAGGGUUUUUCUCUGAUCAUGUACAAUCGAUCAUUGAUAAUUUCCCCAAAUGGAGGGAGGAACGGUUCCCCCCACCUAGAGUUUCACAGUCACGGUAUGACAAAGUCGGCUUGACCAUGCUGCUCUGGCUAUGGGUGUCGCUUUAUAGCCCUGAAGCUUGUCUCGUUCGUCCUCAUGCCAUGGCUCUGCUCCCUGAACUCUUGAGCAUGUCAGAGUUGAGCGACAAUCCCGAACUUCAAAAGUACAGCAGCUCGGUGCUUCGUUUGCUAUCCUCAAGUUAUCUGCCGUCUUCGCUUACGCACAUCGUCCUGGAUAAGCUAGUCUCAGCCAUUCAGUCAUCUGAGUCGUGGCGAAUUCGGUUGCAUGCGUUGCCUGCCCUGGUUGUCUUCUUCUAUAGGAAUCUCUUGACCAUUUCAUCUAGCGGGAUACUCAAAGUCAUGGAUGUAUUACUCGAUUGUUUAUCAGAUGAAAAUGUCGAAGUCCGAGAAAUGUCGUCCAAGACCCUGUCCGGAGUAGUACGAUGCUCACAGCGGCAGAAUAUCAUCCCAUUGAAGAAUCGCUUCAUAUCAUUGGCGCGCAGUGUAAAGCUCCCAUCACGUACACACAAUGGCUACGGAGAGUCUCUGAGAAAGUUACAUUCGGCUAUCCUUGGCCUGUGUGCCCUUAUCGAGAGCUUCCCGUACUCUGUAGAGCCAUGGAUGCCGUCCCUCACAGAAGUCCUGGCAAGACAUGCAACAGAUCCGCCGCCGAUCUCGACGACAAUUCGCCACUGCGCUUCUGAGUUCAAGAAAACCCACCAGGAUACCUGGCACAAGGAUCAACUUGCCUUUGACGAAGAUCAGUUACAGAGCCUUUCUUCUAUGCUUGUUGGUACUUCAUAUUAUGCCUAGAUAAUGUUUCAUAGAUUGGCAUCGAUCCGCGCCUCCGUCAGGACUAACAUCAUGAGGACGUUCGUAUUACAUCGCCGUAUCGACUAUGUAUAAAUUAGGGCACAUCCUUGAUGUUCGUUUUUGAGCAUCUGGUCUUCUUGAAAGAAUGUGUGCUAUCGAUGAUUAAUUCCGCCGAUGAGCCCACCAAGGUUCGACCUGUUCAAUAUCGGCAGUGUGUCCCGUACUCCCGCCUGGAUACGUUGUGCUCCUACCGAACAGGAGCGAGACUUUGUG